AUGACGGGGAUUUUCUGUGGUGAUGUUGGAGUGUUAGUCUAUGAAGCUCGACUUAACCCGACAAAAAAAGACGAGUCCGCAAGCAAAAGUUCUCUUAUGAGUAAUGUGCUUCUACUCCAUUGUGCGGGGUUUUCGGAGGUCAUUGUUGCUAUAAACAAGAUGGAUAGUGUUCAGUACUCACAAGCGUUUUUUGAAUCAACAAAAGCAGAUCUUUUUCAGUUUUUCAAAAUGACAUCUCUCGACAAAGAAAAAGUCAAAUUUGUUCCAGUCAGUGUGGAGAGUGGCGAUAACUUAUAUUCGAAAACUACAAAAAUGCCGUGGUACUCUGGCAAGUCACUUUUUAACGAGAUUUGUUCGUUUCAUCCACCACUUCAUUUGACAAAUUCUUCACUGCGAAUUCUUGUCCACAGCUUGAUAGUUACAAAAUCAGUGGGCACCAUAAUCAAUGGAUAUAUCGUUUCUGGGACUUUGCAGGUGGGUUCUAUGCUGUCGUUUCUUCCCUCAAAAAUGACUGGAAAGUGUUUAUCAAUCGAGCAAAAUCGCGUGAAGAGAGAAAAGGUUUUGGCUGGUGCUGACGUUGCGUUUUGUGUUGAGGGAGUGAAAAAAGGCGACAUAGAAAGAGGGAUGGUAGUGACUGAGAAAACGCAGCCGAAGUCGGUGCUCAGUUUUUGUGCGAAAAUUGUCGUCGUUGGAGAAAGAAGAAAUAUUAGAGUCGGAUAUUCUCCAACACUCAAUGUAGGAGCUUGUCACAUUCCAUGUUGCAUUAAGAAAUUACAGUCGUUGAUCAAUAAAAGUAAUGGAGAAGUAGAAGAGGAAAACCCCGAAGUAAUUACUACAGGGGAUGUUGCUGUUGUAAAGAUACUUCCCGAUAAAUUGGCAUAUAUAGAGGAUAUCACUUUGUGUGAGAAAUUGGCAAAAUUUGUGGUCAGUGACAACAAUCAAAUUGUUGCAAUUGGUGUGGUGUUGCAAGUCGAGUACAGAAUUGAGAAAUAA